CCUCGCUCACUUCCCCUGUAAACAUUUCCCUCCCAAACUCCACAAAGGGAGAGAACAAAAAUGCAAACCCUACUAAACCCUCUUCUUCUUCCCUUCCCAUCUUCAAAACCCACCAAAUCCCUACUCAAACCCUUACCCCUACAGACCCCAAAUCCCAUUUCCUGGAGAAUUAGACUUCCUAAACCCCCAAACACUUUCAAACUGAAAGCAUUUACUUCAGAUGAAUUCCCAGUAGAUGAAACAUUCUUAGAGAAAUUUGGUCCAAAAGAUAAAGAAACUGAAGACGAAGCACGUACACGUAACUGGGUCGAAAGAAAUUGGGCACCUUGGGAAGAGAUUCUCUCGCCUGAAGCUGAUUUUGCUAGAAAAAGUUUAAAUGAAGGUGAAGAAGUAGCAUUAACGUCACCUGAAGCAAUUGAAGCUUUUAGAAUGUUAAGACCAAAUUAUAGACAAAAAAAGAUUGAGGAAAGUGGGUUAACUGAAGAUGAGUUUUUAGCUAAGCAGUUUGAGAUUAGAGGUGAGAUUUUAGAGCCUUUGGAAACUAGCUGGACUGGUCCUUUAGUUGUGAGGUUAAUGCCGCCCAGAGAUUGGCCACCGAAAGGAUGGGAAGUUGAUGAGAAGGAGUUGGAGUUUAUUAGAGAAGCACACAAGUUGCAAGCUGUUAGGGUUGAUGUGGAGGAUGUGGAGGUGAAUAAAGAAGUUGAUAAUAUGUGUUUGGAAAGAUAUAAAAUGUUUUUGAAGCAGUAUAAGGAGUGGGUUGUUGCGAAUAAGGAUAGGUUGGAAGAAGAGUCUUAUAAGUAUGACCAAGAUUAUUGUUCUGGUAGACGAAAACGAGGGGAGGAUUAUAGAGACGAUAUGCUUGAGCUUCCAUUUUACUAUCCUGGACAGAUUUGUAGAGGAAAAGUGGUCGAGUUACAUCUUUAUCAAGGUGCAUUUGUCGACAUUGGAGGCGUACAUGAUGGGUGGGUUCCGAUAAAAAACAAUGACUGGUAUUGGAUCCGCCAGCAUAUUAAAGUUGGUAUGGAAAUCAUUGUUGAGAUUCUGGCGAAACGUGAUCCGUACCGAUUCCGUUUUCCUAUUGAAAUGCGUUUUGUCGACCCCAAUAUUGAUCACCUUAUCUUCAACAGAUUUGAGUUUCCACCAAUAUUUCAUCGCGACGAAGAUACAAACCCCGAUGAAUUACGUCGUGAUUGUGGAAGACCACCUGUUCCUAGAAAAGACCCAGGAAUAAAAGAUGAAGAGGAACCUUUGUUGUCAAAUCACCCUUACGUUGAUAAGUUGUGGGAGCUACAUGUAGCUGAGCAAAUAGUAUUGGAUGAAGAGGAGUCUAAUCCUGAGAAGUAUAAAGAUAAAAAAUUUGAAGAGAUGUUUGAGGCCACAGAUGUUGAUGCAGCAGUUGAAUAUUCCAAAGCUUAUCAUAAGAAGACUUUAUUACCAAAGAUGAUUCUGAAAACCAGCCAUAAAGAGCUUGACUUGGAUGCUGCUCGUGCCGAGCGUGAGCUCAACAACAAAUUGAGGGCAGAAGCAAAAGAAAGAGGUGAAGAAUUUAAAGUAAGCAAGUUGAGACGCAACAUUGAAAUGGAUGAGUAUGACUUAAUACAUUGGCGCCGAUCAUUUGAAGAAAGGGAAGCUCUCCUUAGAGAUAUCAGCUGCCGUCAGGCUCUUGGCCUGCCACUACAAGAACCAGGGAGAUACGUUGACAGCAGUUAUUUUGGGAAGGAUAGAUAUGACCCUGCUAGUCCUUUAUACCGUUAUGACUACUGGGGAGAGCCAAAGAACUCGGAGAAGAGCAAGCAAGAGCGUUUGACUGAUGCCCAUAACAAAUCUAUAGUGGGCAAGGGGAAUGUCUGGUACGAGAUGUCUUACGAUGAUGUCAUAAAACAGAAGAUGGAAAAGGAGGCCAGUUCAGUAGGAACAGUGGUGAAAGAGGCCGAAGAAGAAGAAGAAGAUGAUGUGGAUUAUGUUGAUAUGGAUGGACUCGGGGAUGAUGACUCUGACGAUGACGACGACUCUGAUGACGAGGAUUUUGAUUACAGCAUUCUAGGUGAUCCAAAUGUUUCGUCGAGCCAACCUACGGUUAAUGGAACUGAGUCUUCUAGAUUGUCAGAUGAAGGCAUGUUUGAAAAUUAGUUUAGGCUGAGACAUAGUGUACAGUAGUAAUUAGACGAUUUUGUAUUAGUUUAGCUUAUCAUCAUGAGAUAAUAUAUGCAACUAAAGCUGUCAUUGCGUAGUCUUUGAUGCAAAGCAGUUAAUGAGACAAAACUUGACACUGCUUUGCGCCAUCUCCCAGUUCUUGGUUUAUAUUCGAUAUAGACAGAUUAGUUAAUUGC